UAAAAGGCCGGCCUUCAGGCUACUGAGCAGGUUGUAUUUUGAGAUUUUUUUAGUUUUUGUGAGUCAGCAGUAAAGUGGGAGCAAGGCAGGCCUGAACCCUUUGGGAAGUCACAUGUUUAGCCAUUAUGUGGUGCUGCAAAAGGCUCUGGUUACUCUUAAUUGCUUUAGUUCACAUACUGGAUGUAAGGGCACUUGGAGUGUGGAACAGAAGGCCUGCACAGGAUUGGUACAGUGUUGAUGUAAAGAUGGGUCUUGAUCAGACUCAAGGAAGCAGUUUCCUUCCUGAUGGUGGCCACAACUCCACAGCCAGGAGGGAUGAAAGUAAAGCCAAUGCUGGAGCUUUGCAAAAUAGUGUAGUCUCUCAUGCAGGCUUAUCUUCAUCAGAUGCCCUGGGAACUGGAUUUUCUGGUCAGUCAGAGAAUAUAUUUAACACCAUUCAAGGCUUCCAAACUCAGAAUGUUGGUUUGUGUGCUCAAUCCACAUCUGAUCAGGAUGUUCCAACCCCUGAGAUUCAGACCAGCCAUGGGGUUCAAUCUUUUGGCAUGUCAAACCAUCAAGGGCUUCCAAGCCCAUGUGGUGGUAGUCAAACAGGCCCUGCCUUUAUUGUGACUCAGCAGACCUCAGAAAAUGCAAUGUCCAGUGGUUCAAUGCUUGGUACAUCAAGCUUUACCAAUGGUUAUCAAACCCAAGGCUUGACUGGCUAUGGACUGUUUCAAGGGCUUGUGAGCCAGUUUGGUAGUUCCCAGACACAGCCAGGCACAAAUCAACUGAGUUUUGCUCCUGCUUCAACUGUGACCCAGCAGGUAACUGACAGUGCUACAACAGGAGGCUCCUCUAGUUUCAGCAUCCCAAGCUCUCCUAGUGGUUCUCAAAGCCCCUCUGCCUAUUGGCUUUCCCUAGGCCUUUCCAGCCCAUAUGGUGGUUUCCAGACACAGCCAGGCACAAAUCAACUGGGCUCUGUUCCUGCUUCAACUGUGACCCAGCAGGUAACUGACAGUGCUACAACAGGAGGCUCUCCUAGUGGUUCUCAAAGCUCAACUGGCUAUGGACUGUUUCAAGGACUUGUGAGCCAGUUUGGUAGUUCCCAGACACAGCCAGGCACAAAUCAACUGAGUUCUGCUCCUGCUUCAACUGUGACCCAGCAGGUAACUGACAGUGCUACAACAGGAGGCUCUCCUAGUGGUUCUCAAAGCUCAACUGGUUAUGGACUGUUUCAAGGACUUGUGAGCCAGUUUGGUAGUUCCCAGACACAGCCAGGCACAAAUCAACUGAGUUCUGCUCCUGCUUCAACUGUGACCCAGCAGGUAACUGACAGUGCUACAACAGGAGGCUCCUCUAGUUUCAGCAUCCCAAGCUCUCCUAGUGGUUCUCAAAGCCCCUCUGCCUAUUGGCUUUCCCUAGGCCUUUCCAGCCCAUAUGGUGGUUUCCAGACACAGCCAGGCACAAAUCAACUGGGCUCUGUUCCUGCUUCAACUGUGACCCAGCAGGUAACUGACAGUGCUACAACAGGAGGCUCUCCUAGUGGUUCUCAAAGCUCAACUGGCUAUGGACUGUUUCAAGGACUUGUGAGCCAGUUUGGUAGUUCCCAGACACAGCCAGGCACAAAUCAACUGAGUUCUGCUCCUGCUUCAACUGUGACCCAGCAGGUAACUGACAGUGCUACAACAGGAGGCUCUCCUAGUGGUUCUCAAAGCCCCUCUGCCUAUUGGCUUUCCCUAGGCCUUUCCAGCCCUUAUGGUGGUUUCCAGACACAGCCAGGCACAAAUCAACUGGGCUCUGUUCCUGCUUCAACUGUGACCCAGCAGGUAACUGACAGUGCUACAACAGGAGACUCUCCUAGUGGUUCUCAAAGCUCAACUGGCUAUGGACUGUUUCAAGGACUUGUGAGCCAGUUUGGUAGUUCCCAGACACAGCCAGGCACAAAUCAACUGAGUUCUGCUCCUGCUUCAACUGUGACCCAGCAGGUAACUGACAGUGCUACAACAGGAGGCUCUCCUAGUGGUUCUCAAAGCUCAACUGGUUAUGGACUGUUUCAAGGACUUGUGAGCCAGUUUGGUAGUUCCCAGACACAGCCAGGCACAAAUCAACUGAGUUCUGCUCCUGCUUCAACUGUGACCCAGCAGGUAACUGACAGUGCUACAACAGGAGGCUCCUCUAGUUUCAGCAUCCCAAGCUCUCCUAGUGGUUCUCAAAGCCCCUCUGCCUAUUGGCUUUCCCUAGGCCUUUCCAGCCCAUAUGGUGGCUUCCAGACACAGCCAGGCACAAAUCAACUGAGUUUUGCUCCUGCUUCAACUGUGACCCAGCAGGUAACUGACAGUGCUACAACAGGAGGCUCUCCUAGUGGUUCUCAAAGCCCCUCUGCCUAUUGGCUUUCCCUAGGCCUUUCCAGCCCUUAUGGUGGUUUCCAGACACAGCCAGGCACAAAUCAACUGAGUUCUGCUCCUGCUUCAACUGUGACCCAGCAGGUAACUGACAGUGCUACAACAGGAGGCUCUCCUAGUGGUUCUCAAAGCUCAACUGGUUAUGGACUGUUUCAAGGACUUGUGAGCCAGUUUGGUAGUUCCCAGACACAGCCAGGCACAAAUCAACUGAGUUCUGCUCCUGCUUCAACUGUGACCCAGCAGGUAACUGACAGUGCUACAACAGGAGGCUCCUCUAGUUUCAGCAUCCCAAGCUCUCCUAGUGGUUCUCAAAGCCCCUCUGCCUAUUGGCUUUCCCUAGGCCUUUCCAGCCCUUAUGUUGGUUUCCAGACACAGCCAGGAACAAAUCAACUGGGCUCUGUUCCUGCUUCAACUGUGACCCAGCAGGUAACUGACAGUGCUCCAACAGGAGGCUCUCCUAGUGGUUCUCAAAGCUCAACUGGCUAUGGACUGUUUCAAGGACUUGUGAGCCAGUUUGGUAGUUCCCAGACACAGCCAGGCACAAAUCAACUGAGUUCUGCUCCUGCUUUAACUGUGACCCAACAGUCUGCUGAGACUGGACCAUCCAUUAGCCCUCCUGUUUCAGUGUCCUCCAGUUUGAGUGGUUCUCAAAGCCCCUCUGCCUAUUGGCUUUCCCUAGGCCUUUCCAGCCCAUAUGGUGGUUUCCAGACACAGCCAGGCACAAAUCAACUGGCCUCUGUUCCUGCUUCAACUGUGACCCAGCAGGUAACUGACAGUGCUACAACAGGAGGCUCCUCUAGUUUCAGCAUCUCCAGCUCUCCUAGUGGUUCUCAAAGCUCAACUGGCUAUGGACUGUUUCAAGGACUUGUGAACCAGUUUGGUAGUACCCAGACACAGCCAGGCACAAAUCAACUGAGUUCUGCUCCUGCUUCAACUGUGACCCAACAGUCUGCUGAGACUGGACCAUCCAUUAGCCCUCCUGUUUCAUUGUCCUCCAGUUUGAGUGGUUCUCACAGCCCCUCUGCCUAUUGGCUUUCCCUAGGCCUUUCCAGCCCAUAUGGUGGUUUCCAGACACAGCCAGGCACAAAUCAACUGAGUUCUGCUCCUGCUUCAACUGUGACCCAGCAGGUAACUGACAGUGCUACAACAGGAGGCUCUCCUAGUGGUUCUCAAAGCUCAACUGGCUAUGGACUGUUUCAAGGACUUUCCAGCCAUGAUGGUGGUUUCCAGACACAGCCAGGCACAAAUCAACUGAGUUCUGCUCCUGCUUCAACUGUGACCCAGCAGGUAACUGACAGUGCUACAACAGGAGGCUCCUCUAGUUUCAGCAUCCCAAGCUCUCCUAGUGGUUCUCAAAGCUCAACUGGCUAUGGACUGUUUCAAGGACUUGUGAGCCAGUUUGGUAGUUCCCAGACACAGCAAGGCACAAAUCAACUGAGUUCUGCUCCUGCUUCAACUGUAACCCAACAGUCUGCUGAGAGUGGACCAUCCAUUAGCCCUCCUGUUUCAUUGUCCUCCAGUUUGAGUGGGUCUCAAAGCCCCUCUGCCUAUUGGCUUUCCCUAGGCCUUUCCAGCCCAUUUGGUGGUUUCCAGACACAGCCAGGAACAAAUCAACUGGGCUCUGUUCCUGCUUCAACUGUGACCCAGCAGGUAACUGACAGUGCUCCAACAGGAGGCUCUCCUAGUGGUUCUCAAAGCUCAACUGGCUAUGGACUGUUUCAAGGACUUGUGAGCCAGUUUGGUAGUUCCCAGACACAGCCAGGCACAAAUCAACUGAGUUUUGCUCCUGCUUCAACUGUGACCCAGCAGGUAACUGACAGUGCUACAACAGGAGGCUCCUCUAGUUUCAGCAUCCCAAGCUCUCCUAGUGGUUCUCAAAGCCCCUCUGCCUAUUGGCUUUCCCUAGGCCUUUCCAGCCCUUAUGGUGGUUUCCAGACACAGCCAGGCACAAAUCAACUGGGCUCUGUUCCUGCUUCAACUGUGACCCAGCAGGUAACUGACAGUGCUACAACAGGAGACUCUCCUAGUGGUUCUCAAAGCUCAACUGGCUAUGGACUGUUUCAAGGACUUGUGAGCCAGUUUGGUAGUUCCCAGACACAGCCAGGCACAAAUCAACUGAGUUCUGCUCCUGCUUUAACUGUGACCCAGCAGGUAACUGACAGUGCUACAACAGGAGGCUCUCCUAGUGGUUCUCAAAGCCCCUCUGCCUAUUGGCUUUCCCUAGGCCUUUCCAGCCCUUAUGGUGGUUUCCAGACACAGCCAGGCACAAAUCAACUGGGCUCUGUUCCUGCUUCAACUGUGACCCAGCAGGUAACUGACAGUGCUACAACAGGAGGCUCCUCUAGUUUCAGCAUCCCAAGCUCUCCUAGUGGUUCUCAAAGCCCCUCUGCCUAUUGGCUUUCCCUAGGCCUUUCCAGCCCUUAUGGUGGUUUCCAGACACAGCCAGGCACAAAUCAACUGGGCUCUGUUCCUGCUUCAACUGUGACCCAGCAGGUAACUGACAGUGCUACAACAGGAGACUCUCCUAGUGGUUCUCAAAGCUCAACUGGCUAUGGACUGUUUCAAGGACUUGUGAGCCAGUUUGGUAGUUCCCAGACACAGCCAGGCACAAAUCAACUGAGUUCUGCUCCUGCUUCAACUGUGACCCAGCAGGUAACUGACAGUGCUACAACAGGAGGCUCUCCUAGUGGUUCUCAAAGCUCAACUGGUUAUGGACUGUUUCAAGGACUUGUGAGCCAGUUUGGUAGUUCCCAGACACAGCCAGGCACAAAUCAACUGAGUUUUGCUCCUGCUUCAACUGUGACCCAGCAGGUAACUGACAGUGCUACAACAGGAGGCUCCUCUAGUUUCAGCAUCCCAAGCUCUCCUAGUGGUUCUCAAAGCCCCUCUGCCUAUUGGCUUUCCCUAGGCCUUUCCAGCCCAUAUGGUGGUUUCCAGACACAGCCAGGCACAAAUCAACUGGGCUCUGUUCCUGCUUCAACUGUGACCCAGCAGGUAACUGACAGUGCUACAACAGGAGGCUCUCCUAGUGGUUCUCAAAGCUCAACUGGCUAUGGACUGUUUCAAGGACUUGUGAGCCAGUUUGGUAGUUCCCAGACACAGCCAGGCACAAAUCAACUGAGUUCUGCUCCUGCUUCAACUGUGACCCAGCAGGUAACUGACAGUGCUACAACAGGAGGCUCCUCUAGUUUCAGCAUCCCAAGCUCUCCUAGUGGUUCUCAAAGCCCCUCUGCCUAUUGGCUUUCCCUAGGCCUUUCCAGCCCAUAUGGUGGUUUCCAGACACAGCCAGGCACAAAUCAACUGGGCUCUGUUCCUGCUUCAACUGUGACCCAGCAGGUAACUGACAGUGCUACAACAGGAGGCUCUCCUAGUGGUUCUCAAAGCCCCUCUGCCUAUUGGCUUUCCCUAGGCCUUUCCAGCCCUUAUGGUGGUUUCCAGACACAGCCAGGCACAAAUCAACUGGGCUCUGUUCCUGCUUCAACUGUGACCCAGCAGGUAACUGACAGUGCUACAACAGGAGGCUCUCCUAGUGGUUCUCAAAGCUCAACUGGCUAUGGACUGUUUCAAGGACUUGUGAGCCAGUUUGGUAGUUCCCAGACACAGCCAGGCACAAAUCAACUGAGUUUUGCUCCUGCUUCAACUGUGACCCAGCAGGUAACUGACAGUGCUACAACAGGAGGCUCCUCUAGUUUCAGCAUCCCAAGCUCUCCUAGUGGUUCUCAAAGCCCCUCUGCCUAUUGGCUUUCCCUAGGCCUUUCCAGCCCAUAUGGUGGUUUCCAGACACAGCCAGGCACAAAUCAACUGGGCUCUGUUCCUGCUUCAACUGUGACCCAGCAGGUAACUGACAGUGCUACAACAGGAGGCUCUCCUAGUGGUUCUCAAAGCUCAACUGGCUAUGGACUGUUUCAAGGACUUGUGAGCCAGUUUGGUAGUUCCCAGACACAGCCAGGCACAAAUCAACUGAGUUCUGCUCCUGCUUCAACUGUGACCCAGCAGGUAACUGACAGUGCUACAACAGGAGGCUCUCCUAGUGGUUCUCAAAGCUCAACUGGUUAUGGACUGUUUCAAGGACUUGUGAGCCAGUUUGGUAGUUCCCAGACACAGCCAGGCACAAAUCAACUGAGUUCUGCUCCUGCUUCAACUGUGACCCAGCAGGUAACUGACAGUGCUACAACAGGAGGCUCUCCUAGUGGUUCUCAAAGCUCAACUGGUUAUGGACUGUUUCAAGGACUUGUGAGCCAGUUUGGUAGUUCCCAGACACAGCCAGGCACAAAUCAACUGAGUUCUGCUCCUGCUUCAACUGUGACCCAGCAGGUAACUGACAGUGCUACAACAGGAGGCUCCUCUAGUUUCAGCAUCCCAAGCUCUCCUAGUGGUUCUCAAAGCCCCUCUGCCUAUUGGCUUUCCCUAGGCCUUUCCAGCCCAUAUGGUGGUUUCCAGACACAGCCAGGCACAAAUCAACUGAGUUCUGCUCCUGCUUCAACUGUGACCCAGCAGGUAACUGACAGUGCUACAACAGGAGGCUCCUCUAGUUUCAGCAUCCCAAGCUCUCCUAGUGGUUCUCAAAGCUCAACUGGCUAUGGACUGUUUCAAGGACUUUCCAGCCCAUAUGGUGGUUUCCAGACACAGCCAGGCACAAAUCAACUGAGUUCUGCUCCUGCUUCAACUGUGACCCAGCAGGUAACUGACAGUGCUACAACAGGAGGCUCUCCUAGUGGUUCUCAAAGCUCAACUGGCUAUGGACUGUUUCAAGGACUUUCCAGCCAUGAUGGUGGUUUCCAGACACAGCCAGGCACAAAUCAACUGAGUUCUGCUCCUGCUUCAACUGUGACCCAGCAGGUAACUGACAGUGCUACAACAGGAGGCUCCUCUAGUUUCAGCAUCCCAAGCUCUCCUAGUGGUUCUCAAAGCUCAACUGGCUAUGGACUGUUUCAAGGACUUGUGAGCCAGUUUGGUAGUUCCCAGACACAGCAAGGCACAAAUCAACUGAGUUCUGCUCCUGCUUCAACUGUAACCCAACAGUCUGCUGAGAGUGGACCAUCCAUUAGCCCUCCUGUUUCAUUGUCCUCCAGUUUGAGUGGGUCUCAAAGCCCCUCUGCCUAUUGGCUUUCCCUAGGCCUUUCCAGCCCAUUUGGUGGUUUCCAGACACAGCCAGGAACAAAUCAACUGGGCUCUGUUCCUGCUUCAACUGUGACCCAGCAGGUAACUGACAGUGCUACAACAGGAGGCUCCUCUAGUUUCAGCAUCUCCAGCUCUCCUAGUGGUUCUCAAAGCUCAACUGGCUAUGGACUGUUUCAAGGACUUGUGAACCAGUUUGGUAGUACCCAGACACAGCCAGGCACAAAUCAACUGAGUUCUGCUCCUGCUUCAACUGUGACCCAACAGUCUGCUGAGACUGGACCAUCCAUUAGCCCUCCUGUUUCAUUGUCCUCCAGUUUGAGUGGUUCUCAAAGCUCAACUGGCUAUGGACUGUUUCAAGGACUUUCCAGCCAUGAUGGUGGUUUCCAGACACAGCCAGGCACAAAUCAACUGAGUUCUGCUCCUGCUUCAACUGUGACCCAGCAGGUAACUGACAGUUCUACAACAGGUGGGUCCUCUAGUUUCAGCAUCCCAAGCUCUCCUAGUGGUUCUCAAAGCCCCUCUGCCUAUUGGCUUUCCCUAGGCCUUUCCAGCCCAUAUGGUGGUUUCCAGACACAGCCAGGCACAAAUCAACUGGGCUCUGUUCCUGCUUCAACUGUAACCCAGCAGGUAACUGACAGUGGUACAACAGGAGGCUCUCCUAGUGGUUCUCAAAGCUCAUCUGGCUAUGGACUGUUUCAAGGACUUGUGAGCCAGUCUGGUAGUUCCCAGACACAGCCAGGCACAAAUCAACUGAGUUCUGUUCCUGCUUUAACUGUGACCCAACAGUCUGUUGAGAGUGGACCAUCCAUUAGCCCUCCUGUUUCAUUGUCCUCCAGUUUGAGUGGUUCUCAAAGCCCCUCUGCCUAUUGGCUUUCCCUAGGCCUUUCCAGCCCAUAUGGUGGUUUCCAGACACAGCAAGGCACAAAUCAACUGAGUUCUGCUCCUGCUUCAACUGUGACCCAGCAGGUAACUGGCAGUGCUACAACAGGAGGCUCUCCUAGUGGUUCUCAAAGCUCAACUGGCUAUGGACUGUCACAGCAAGGCACAAAUUAUUUGGGCUCUGUUACUGCUUUAACUAGUAGCUCUGCUUCCAGUGCAUUUCAAAGCCAAACUUUGUCUCAAGAACAGAGCCAUAAUGUACAGCAACUUGGGACCUUCAAUCAGAUGCUUCCUGCUUUUUGGUUUGGCCACCAGUCUUGUAAAAAUAACGUGUUCAGUGGUUCUUCCAAUAUUUCCAAGCUUACCUCACAUUAAAAACUUCAUGCUCUAUCGUGCCUCACUGUUGCUUUGUUUAACUUUAAAGCAAACUAGAGCUGGAAUUUGUACAAUGUUUGCCAUGUCAAUGAUCAAAUAAAGCAUUUUGAUGGAAAUCUA